AUGACAGACGACCUCCUCGGCCGUCACCCCGCGCCCGUCGGGGCCCGUCAUCGCCAUCUCCACCUCCACCGGCUCGCGCACCGCCGACCCCGGCCGCGCCUCAAUGGCCAUCGCCGCACGGACGGGGACGGCUUGCUGCUGGCCCUGGCGGUCUUCGUGGUGUCGCUGGUGCUGUGCCUGAGGAGCUCGAGGGGGUGA